AGACAGAGAGAGAGAGAGAGCGGUGUGAGAGCAGCGAGAGGACACAGGGAGAGAGAGAAAGGGAUCGAGAGAGAGAGAGUGAGUGUGUGUGAGGAGGAGGAAGAAGAGAGAUUGAAAGAGACGGGACGGAGUCUGGUGCUCCUCUACACUCUGACAGUGGUGGAUUUGACUGACAGUUGCUCAGUCUUUGCGUUUUGUUUUUCCCCUCACUGCUCCGGACGCUGAAGGAUUGAUGGAGAUACAACAGAGUCUACACCUGGAGCCAAGAGCUGCACUGACAGAGGUCUGCUAAGUGGUCACAACAGAGUGGGUGGACAGACGGAAUACACGUGUCCACGUGUCCACUUACGUGUCUUCAGCGCGGCCGUGAGGAGAACCCUCCAACCAAUAAGGAGAGGUGAGGGGCGAGGCGAUCCAAUCGGGGUGAGAGAUGUUGGGGCAGGGCAGGCAUGCAGCCCUGGCUCUCGUGUCGUUACUCCUAUCCUGGCGUGAAGCAACACCCAUCGAAGUCCCACGAGACGCAAGGAUCCAGCAAGAGCUGAAGCAGCCCCCCACUCUAGUCAGACAGUCGGUGAAGGACUACAUUGUCGACCCCAGAGAUAACAUCAUCAUCGAGUGUGAGGCCAAGGGCAACCCGGUGCCAACGUUCUCAUGGCGAAAGAAUCGGAAGUUUUUCAACAUUGCGAAGGACCCCAGGGUGACCAUGCGAAAGGGCUCGGGAACCCUGGAGAUCGGUUUCCGCAGCGGGGGGCGACCGGAGGACUACGAAGGAGAGUACCAGUGUUUUGCCAAAAAUGACCUAGGAACCGCUCUGUCCAACAAAAUCCUGCUGCGGGUCUCCAAGGCGCCUCUGUGGCCCAAGGAGGUGCUGGAGCCGGUGGUGGUGACGGAAGGCUCCCCGCUGGUUCUUCUCUGCAACCCCCCACCGGGCCUCCCCCCUCCGUUCACCUUCUGGAUGACCAGCGGCAUGAGCCCGAUACGUCAGGACAAGAGGGUUUCCAUGGGCCUGAACGGAGACAUGUACUUCUCCAACGUCAUCGCUCGGGACGCCGACACAGACUACAGCUGCAACGCUCGCUUCCCCUUCACACACACCAUCCAGCAGAAGAACCCCUUCACGCUCAAAGUUCACACCAAGGAGCCAUAUAAUGACACAUCUUACAAUGCCACUGACCCCUUUGGUGGCCGCAAAGUAGCCGAGUCCACGCCGACCUUCCUCUCGCCGUCGGGCAGUCAGAGCUCCAAGAUGGUGCUACGAGACGAGCACCUGCUGCUGGAGUGUAUCGCUGCUGGACUACCGACGCCCACGAUCAAGUGGUUUAAGAAGGGAGGGGACCUGCCAGGGCACAAGGUGAAGUUUGAGAAGUUCAACAAGACCCUGAAGAUGGUCAGUGUGUCGGAGGAGGACGACGGGGAAUAUGUGUGCAUGGCCAACAAUCAUUUGGGCAGCAUACGCCACUCCAUCUUUGUCCACGUGAAAGCGGCUCCCUACUGGCUGGACAAGCCCACAGACCUGGUGCUGGCCCCAGAUGAGAACGGGCGUCUGGUGUGUCGGGCCAACGGGAACCCCAAACCGGAAAUCAAGUGGCUGAUGAACGGAGAGCCGCUAGAAAACCCUUCCCCCAACCCGAGCCGACAGGUGCUGGGUGACACUAUCAUCUUCCGCUCGGUGCAGAUGGGAGGCAGCGCCGUCUACCAAUGCAACGCCUCCAACGAGCAUGGCUAUCUGUUGGCCAACGCCUUCGUCAGCGUUCUUGACAUGCCUCCGAGAAUGCUGGGAGCUAAAAAACAGCUGAUUAAAGUCAUUGAGAACAACCGCACCUUCCUGGAUUGUCCAUUCUUUGGUUCUCCUCUGCCAGAACUGCGCUGGUUUAAGAAUGGACAGGGCAGCGGGCUGGAUGGCGGUCAGUACCGCGCUUACAUCAACGGCACCCUGGAGAUCAAAAAGGCCCGAGCAGAGGACGAGGGCACCUACACCUGUGUGGCCAGUAGCAUCCUGGGCAUGGCCGAGAACCAAGUCAGCCUGGAGGUCAAAGAGCGGACGCGUAUAGUCGGAGCCCCCGAGCACAAGUCAGCCAUCAGGGGCUCCACGGCUCGUUUCACCUGUAAGGUGAAGUCUGACCCCAGCCUGCCCGUCACCGUGACCUGGACCAAGGAUGACAAGCCGCUCUAUCUGGGAUGGAGGCUGAAGAAGGACGAGGAGUCACUUACCAUUUCCAACGUGAACGAGGGUGACGAGGGGACGUACGCCUGCACCGUCAAAUCUGAGAUAGACCAGGACUCGGCCUCCGCUCGCCUGACUGUGUUAGAGGAAGCCUCCCUCAACCCCUCAGUCUCUAGUGCCUUGCCUCCAGACCGCCCAGACCCUCCCAUGGAUCUGGAUCUGUCGGACCCAGCGGCCCGCAGUGUUCGCCUCACCUGGAUCCCUGGAAACGACCACAGGAGCCCCAUCACAGAGUUCUUGGUCCAGUUUGAGGAGGACCGCUGGGAGCCAGGCAGGUGGCAGAACCUGUCCACUUACCCCGGGGACUUCAACUCUGUCAUCCUGCAGCUCGCCCCCUUUGUCAACUACCAGUUCAGGGUCAUCGCCAUCAACACAGUGGGCCAGAGUCAGCCCAGCCGCCCCUCACCACGAUACAAGACCAGCGGAGCUGCCCCGGAUGCCAUUCCCAGAGGCGUCCGAGGAUGGGGCUCCGAGAAGGACAACAUGGAGAUCAGUUGGGAGCCUCUGCUCGACCUGGAGAGAAACGGCCCAAACCUGCGCUACAGUGUGUGGUGGAGACGGAAGGACGCGGGGGAGGAGUGGAGCAAUGUGACCACGGAGGGGUCCAAACAUGUGGUCCACAACACGGACACCUACGUGCCUUACGAGGUCAAAGUCCAGGCCCGAAAUGAGUUUGGACCAGGACCCGAGUCUAAUCAGGUCAUUGGGUACUCCGGAGAGGACGUGCCCACCGACGCUCCGACUGACUUGCGGGUGUCAAAGGUCGGCAGCACCAAAGCGAACAUCCACUGGAAGCCCGUGGACCCAGCCUCUGUCCGGGGAGAGUUCAAAGAGUACAAACUCUAUUACUGGCGUGAGUCCAGUCUGGUCCCGGGUCUGCUGGUCAGCAAGGAGAAGAGGACCAAAGGGGUCUACAGCACCGCAUCCGAGCCGUCUGGCAUCCUCAGUGACCUGGUGCCCUACUCGCGCUACCAGAUGUUCAUGGUCGUGGCCAACGGCCGCUUUGAGGGCCCGCCCAGCAACACCGUGGAAUUCACCACCAAAGAGGGAGUUCCUGACGCUCCGAGGUUCUUCAGGAUCAACCGCAGGAGUUUCGACUCCAUCUACUUGGAGUGGGACAAACCUCUGGAGCCCAACGGCAUUCUGAUUGGAUACCAGCUCAAAUAUCGUAUAGUCAAUGGUUCCAGGGUGGGGGGCCGAACGCAGCUGGAGACUUUCUUUCCCAACGUGACGGACUUCACCCUUCGCCUGCCGGACAGGUCGACCCGCUACAACUUCUUCCUGUCAGCGCUCACACAGAUUGGGGCAGGGGAGGUCUUUGCCGAGGAGUCCCCACCUUUCGCCAACCAGGAAAACUUUACUGAUACCACAGGUCUAGUCGAGCUUACCGAUGCCUCUGUGGCCUCAUCUUUCACUCCUACUCCUCCUCCUCUUGCUUCUCUUCCUCCUACCACCAUUGCUCCUCCAACCAUCGCUCCUACGACUGCAACUCCUACCACUCCUACUACUACUACUACUGCUCCUACGACUGCAACUCCUACUACUCCUACUCCUACUACUACUGCUUCUACUACUGCUACUCCUACUACUCCUCCUCCUACCACCACCCCUGCAACUGAGGCGACCACCACCGCCAAAGCUGCUGUGCUGGUCACCGUCAGGCGUACCGAUCAGAGCGUGUCGGUGGCCCCUGCGUGGGAGAUCUGGAAUCUGACGGCGGAGCAUAACAUUAACUACGCUGACGUCAGCUGGAUACACAACUUCCCGGCCGGCAGCAGCGAGUUUGUGCUAGAGUUCACACUGGACAGCGACAAGACGGUGAAAGUUGUCCAGGUGAAUCAGCAGCCCCCCAUUAGAGUGGCGGAUCUGAUCGCAGGCGCCAAGUACCACCUGAGGGUUUACUCCCAUGCGUUCAACAGCAUCAGCAGCAAAUAUAUCACCUUUAAGACCAAAGCAGCCUACAUAGACCAGGUGGACAUCGCCACUCAGGGCUGGUUCAUCGGCCUGAUGUGCGCCAUCGCCCUCAUCAUCCUGAUCCUCCUCAUCGUCUGCUUCAUCAAGAGGAGCCGUGGGGGCAAAUACCCAGGUGGCGGCUUUGUGGCUGGUUUCGCAGAAUAUCUUGUGCGAGACAAAAAGGACCUUCCCUUGGACCCAGUGGAUCAGAAAGAAGACGGAUCGUUUGAUUACCAAAAUGGGUCAUCUGUCCCUGACAGGAACGAAAACGAGAACAGCAGCGACGAGGACAACAAGCCCCUGCAGGGCAGCCAGACGUCGCUGGACGGCAACGUGAAGGAGAGCGAUGACAGCUUGGUGGACUACGGCGAGGGCGGCGACGGCCAGUUCAACGAGGACGGCUCUUUCAUCGGCCAGUACACGGUGAAGAAGGACAAGGACGAGACGGAGGGCAACGAGAGCUCCGAGGCCACUUCGCCCGUCAAUGCCAUCUACUCGCUGGCGUAGUCCCCUUAGCGGCGCACGAUUUGCGGGUGUUAAAAACCAAACCACGGCACCAUACACCCAACACAAACACACACACACACACAGAUGAAUAUAUUACUAUAUGAAACACGUAAACACAGAGGAAAAGCAGCGGGGCCUGUCUGGAGACUGUGUAGACUCUUUCUUCGGACGUGGGGAAACACGCGGGUGGAACCAGACCACAAGCCUUUACUUUAUGUUUCCCGCUCUUAAGAAUACGGCCCAUCCGAGGUGACAUUUGGACAAAGUGGACAGAGCUCGUUUCCCUCUGUGCUCGGCAGGCCCCUUUACUCACACAGACUCGAAGUGGGCCUCCGGGGAGGCUUCCAGUAUUUGGGGGCAUCAACGAGCGUUACCGUAGAGAUUUCUUUUUCUUUGGUUUGUUCCUGCUCUGAACAUCUUUCAGUCUCACUUCUCUCCCUCUUGAUACGCCACUCGUACCUCUGUGUAGCAUCCCAGUAAAGUACACACAGUGGUUCCACACGCACGCGCGCGCGCUCGCGGCCCGUAUUGUAACAUAUCAGCUUCUAACCAUCAAACUCCCCCGGAUACUGGCAGAUAUGUUUAUCAUAUUGAUAUUUACGCAAUGAAAGAUUUUAGUUUCUCCACAGCUGGUAGAUGAGUCAUUAUUGAAUCUUAAUGAAUGCUGUACACAGUCCUGGCACACAUUGUGGUGCCCUGCAAAGCUAUGCACUAUCACCUCCUCAGUGCCAUUUUGGGUUCAAUCUGGUCAGUAAACGUACAUUUGAGUUCCUUUUUUCAACCACCCGCAGUCUAAACUCACAUGCUUUUUAUUCACUUUGCCUUGUAUCUUGUGGCAGACACGUCUUUCUUUACAUCCUGUCCAAUGUUGCAGUGCACAUGUUCAAAAUGGCUGCCACGACAAAAGCCAUUUUCGCCACAGACAGCGAACUCUGCUGUAGUGUGUUUUUUUAAUUAUUCCCACGUUUUAACUGAUGGUUGAAUAUAUUUUGCAACAUUGUAUAGAGGGAAGUUGUUCGGGACCACGAGCCAGUGAGUCUCCAAGUCAGCAUGCAGGCUAAUGCUGCAUUCAUAUUAUUAUUCUGUUUUCAUGUGUCAGUUUCUCAUUUGUUAACCAUGUAAAAAAGUCAAAAUAACACGUAUGUUUUACACAUUGCAAUACCAAUCCAACAUUAUUGGUGAUGGAGUAAUGGCUCAUUUGGGAUUUAUAAAGGGUUCACGUUAAUACAUAUACCGUCAUGUAUUUUAUCCCUGGUGUCACCACAAUUCUGGAAGUUCCCACAGGUUGACCUGUUGUCAGGUUGGAAGCUGAUGUACAUUCUCUCCUGUGGGACAUUGAAUGCAGCAUGAGAAGCUGGGAUCCUGAUAUUUUCCUCCACCCCCACCCCUCUCGCGUGUGACGUCUUCGGCUCAAUUCGUGAACUUGUGUUGAUCGCACCACAUCUAAAAUGUUCUUUUUUGUUUAGUCCGGACCCACCGAUACAGAGGGGUCUGCACCUCUUAUCUUUUUUUGCAAAAGAAAAAAAUGACUGCACAUGGUCAUGUAGGACACUUUGAAAUGACAAUAUUUACAGCAUGAAGAUAUAUUCAUUAAUUCACGGCCAACUUUGAGACGAAAUGCAGAAGCUGAGCAAGAAAAAGGAAAAAUCGUUCGAGUGCGCUCAGUAUUUCCCCUGUCCUACAACUAUAUUAGUCAUUUGCUUAGAACACUGGUGGAGUGACAUGCAAUGAUUUGCUCAUGUUUCUUUAAUUCAUCAUAAAUAUUCACUGAGUGCUCAUCGGUUUAAUCCCAGAGUUGUGGCACUCCACACUUGCUGGUCAACGGGGCUUUUAGACCCUCCAAUGCUAAAAUCACAUAGAUCUUAACUGCAGUUAGAAACUGUAUUUGACAUCGUAUUUUAAAUAUUUAUUUUAUAUUUCUAUUUAUGACAUUUUGUGGAUAGUAUUAAUAUAUUCGUUCUUUAUUUAAUAAUUGUGAUAUACACAUUUCUGACCAAUCUAUUCUAGUUCUCGCACACCGGAAACAGCCAAAGUAAGGAUGUCUCCAGAAUCUGUUAUUGCUUGUGGCACCCAGUCAAACGUAUGAACGAGAUAUUUUUGUAGCAGCUGGCUCUUUCUGCUGUAAACAAACCCGGAAAACAACCCGUCAUCACAUUCAUCCGUCCGUUGUGCGGCUCUCCUCGUACUCAUAUUGUACUAUUUUUACUCUCUGCGUUGUUUUCUCAGAUUUAUGUAACAUAACAUUUCCCCCACACCUAAAAUUUAUAUUAUUGCUUUGUAUUUAUUUGGCGUAUACUCUUGUUCAUGUAGGUCAUUUAUCUUUGUAAAUAUGUCAUGGUCGAUUUCCCCCCUGAAAAAAAAAAAUGCUUUAGCCGAAAAGAAAACAAAGAUUCACAAAUUUCGCAUCCGCCGAGCCGAUGCGACAGGUGCAUCUCUGUAAUGUAGCUCUGACUAACAUUUGCACUCUACGAAAAAAAUGUCUUCACUCUCUGUUGCCCUUUGCUUUGACAUUGUAAUAUACAGUACUAGCUGUGACACGUCAGUCACUUGCUUGAUGAUGGUUUGAAUUCUAUAUUGUGAAAGAGGAAUAUGUUAGCUUCUCUAUGAUGUAAAUAAGUCCUGCAAUAUCCCGUUUGUAGCAAUUGUCGCACAAAAACUGCUAGUUGGCCUAAAAAAAGAACUAAAAAAACCUGCAUUCGCUGAUGUAUUGGAACAAUCUCCCUCCUUUAAGCUGUUCUUUCUGAGACUGUCUGCUCUUUCCUCCCAUAAUGCCUUUUACCACACAUUGUUGCAUAGCUGUGUCCCGUUCCUGGGGCCGCCGCAAAAGGAAUAAAGCUUGAGCCUGCUCCUCCACAACUGAGACAUGUCAUUACUCGCGUAGCCAUGAAGACAAAAGCUGAGAUGAUUCUUUCCCGUGUCCACGAGGCCCGUGAGAAUGGGACCCCCCAUUCAGUUUGACGUAAACAGAUGUCUGUGCAUGUCCACACCCUGCUGCCCAUUCCAUACAUCCAUUUUGGGCAACUCUGAUCUUUAUAGCUGCAGUUAAAGUUGUUGUUCAAUUUGUACAAUCCACAUUUCCCAAAUGAAAUACUGUAACCUCUCCCCUGCAGGAUUUUCACAAACAAUAAUUUGGGGCCUCCCGCGAUCAUCCAGUGCAUCCAACCAGCCGUGCGCCUAAUCUUCCAAUGAGUUUGGUUAAUCUUUCUCCCUGUAAUGUUUGGCGCUUUGAUUCCAACUUCUGCUACAUGCCAGACCUUGUGUUUGUAGUUGUGAUGUGAAAACACAUCUGCGUGUUACAAUCUUAAGCAACGGCACCGCUGCCAACCUCUGAACUGGGGACAUACAGUCAGCAUAUCCUCCGGAAAAUUGCCCAAAGCUUCGUUUCACAAGCUCAGAGCCUGAGAUCAGUGGAAACACAAGCAGAACCUAUGACAAUGACACAUGAUGUGUUGUUUUGUCAAGUGGGUUAAGACCCUAACCCCUAACUCUGCAGUGGAUACUUCGCCUUAUGUAUGAUCGUUUCAAGUUGACAUCACCUGAACGGACAGUUGAACGCGUGACUCUCUCUCCACCAAUUUUCAUAUUUUGGGAAAAUGGAGGCUGCAACUCUUUUUGAAAAUGAUAUUUGCAGUCUCCAGACUUUAAAGGCGGGGCCCCUGACGUUGAACACAGCACAUGUCCUGAUGACAGGCAGCCAUUUUGAAAACAGUUCUGGCCUGGUGUCUCUGAUUCUCAUUCUGACACUCAUACCAUUUUCCAAAAAACACGUACACACCCUUUGUCUUUCAGCAGAACCCUUAAUGCAAUACUCUCUGAGUUUAAUCAGUUGGGUGUUUUCUCUGAUGCCAUUGUCUUACUGCACACUGCGCUUCCCCCUGCCCCAAAUGUAUCACACAUGGGGAAAUGUAAACUGAAACAAAGAAAACAGAGCUUUGCUUAUUUUCUGAUACACACAGUGCUUUUUUCUUUCUUUCUUUCUUGUUCUGGUUUGUGUACAACGAUUUGAGGUGCAUACAGAGCUGAUUGUCUUUUUUUAAUGUCUGCAUUGUCUCAGCUCAACUUUCAUGGGUAAAGCAGAAAAUGUCAGUGUGCAGUUUCACAGCUUAGUGGGUUUUUUUUAGUUCAAAGUCAAAAAAAAAAGAAAAAAAGUCUAGAAUUUCAUUCGUGCACACAAGAGAUUUGCAACUGGAUUUUUUUUGUAAUGAUCACGUGCUGUAUGGCUUUUUAAAAAAUGGAUUCUCAUGUUAGCAUCUUGUUUUUACCAUGUGUAUCAGAGCAGCGACAUCUUGCUUCAGCAUAACAGCUUUUGUAAGGUACAUCUACUCAACAGAAAAUUGCAUAAAUAUAUUCACCAUGUAUGCGUAUAUAAUGAGAUGUUGCAACUUCUGCUAGCGACGCCUUCUUUAUAGUAAAGCUAUUUCCCUUUCUCUA